AUGCUGUACGCAUCCCCAACAUUCUCCUCCAAAGUAGCGCCUCUUAUGGCCCUAACCGGUCCUUAUACAAACGGUGCCUGGACUUCCAUACUAUCCACCAUCUUCCCGUUUCCAUCUUACCUCGUCAUACCCCGCUACCGCAUCAAAGCUGGUGACUCCUCAUCUAAAGCUGAUCUAGUAGUUUGGGAUGUCGAGAAUAACGUCGCAAAGCUCGUCUACGAAGGAAAGAAAGUUGGGAAAUCAACUUCGUCUAUCGAUGAAGCGGACGAACAGUUGAUUGGGUAUAUUAAGACACUUGGAGUAGACUAUGGAGUUGCUGCUGUAGGAAGAACGGUGGCUGUCGUAAAAAAAGUUAAUGAUCAGUUAGUGGAACUUCAGUGGGUUGAUGGGAAGAUGGUAGAGGACGCUGGUGAGCAUCGGUAUGAUGUUGUUGAAGAUGCAGAUAAAAUUGAGGCAUUGUUGAAGGCUAUUUAG